AUGGCAUCCAGGAACAACACAGUUGGAAUCACAGAGUUUAUCAUUACUGGUUUCAAUGACCUUGAGCAUCCAAAGGCAGUGGGAAUUGUAAUUCUGAUGAUCUAUUCACUUAUUUUACUAGGCAGCUCCACCAAUAUAUGUAUUAUAGCAUCAGACAAACGUCUUCACACACCAAUGUACUUUUUCAUUUGCAAUGUAGCCAUUGUAGAUAUGAUGUACACCACCAGUGCUAGUGUGACGAUAUUAACAGUUCUUCUAAUGGGAGUGAAAACAGUAUCUUACAAGCCCUGUGCUGCUCAGAUGUUUGUGUAUCACUUGGGGGAUUUCAUGGAAGCCAGUGCUAUUGGUUUGCUGGCCUUUGAUCGAUUGAUUGCAAUUUCCAAUCCCUUAAGAUACCACAGCAUACUUACCAACACUCAUAUACUGUUAUUAGUGUUAACUACAUGGGUAAUAAACAGUGCUGUAAUAGGUAUUUUAGCCGAUGUAACUGAAGGACUUCCUUACUGUCAUACUGUUCUUAAAUAUACGUUUUGUGACUAUCCUGGUUCGGUAAGAGCAGCCUGUGUGAAUCCUGAUGAUUACUUUGUGUUUACAACCAUUGCUGUUAUUUUGUUGAUAUAUGGAAACUUUGUCUUUAUUUUGUUAUCGUACGCAUGGAUAAUUUUCACAGUGUUUAAAAUUUCCUCUGAAAGCAGAAAACACAUGUUUAGCACUUGCUUCAGCCAUAUGAUUGUGGCUGUUUGCUACUUUGUUCCCAAAUUUGUUGCCAAUAUUCUUACUAGAGUUGGUCUUGUGUUAACAAUACCAGAGCGCAAUGGGAUACACAUUGUAGCAACCUUGGUCCCUUCUCUUGUAAAUCCUGUGGUGUAUUGCCUUAGGACACAGGAAAUAAGAAACAGAAUGCUCAGAAUAUUUAAGAAUAAUACUGUGAUGCCGACCUUCAUGUUCCCCUCUCAUCUCCGCCACCUAAUCAUCCAGGGUAAGAACGUCAACCUCGUAUCCAUCCUCAUUGCAGCCUCCAAGUACCUUGUCCAUCGGGUAGUGGAUUGCGGCAACCUCUCCAUCACCCUUAUGUCCCGAGAUCCACGGCUUCUAAAGAGUCUCACCCUCGGAGAGUUCGUCAUCACUUUUUCAGCAUACCGUGAUGUUUUCUGCACAGCCUACCCUCACAGACGGCAGGAGCUGGAUCAAUAUCUCCUGUACAUUUCCAAGCUGUCCGUUCGAUACAGGGGUACCAUAUUUUAUGAUUACCAUAAAGAUUUCUCCACCAAAGCAGUCUGUGGAUGA